AUGCCUAAAGAAAACAUCAACACGGGAAGCUCGUCGGAAAUCGAAAUGGCCGACUGGGGCCCUGUGCUCAUCGGAGUUGUACUCUUCAUACUGCUACAGCCCGGGCUGCUGUUUCAGAUACCGGGGAACAACCGCCAGCUGGAGUUCGGAACCAUGAAGACCAACGGCAAGGCUAUUGCCGUCCACACGCUCAUCUUCUUCGCCCUCUACGCCGUCCUCAUCCUCGCCGUCCACGUCCACAUCUACACCGGCUGA